AUGAAGGUCUCUGUGGUUUUAGAGGCCUGGAUUCUCCUUGCUACUUCAGUUUGGACCUGCAUUGAGAACAUCCAUGUGCAAGUGACUUGUUCUAUGGAUUGGCUGAUGGUCACAGUUAAUCCAUCUGCACGUAAUAGUGAUCGGUAUAUAUUUGCUGAUGAAUUAUUUCUGGGAAUGGGCUGCCCUGCAACUCGGAUACAACCCUAUGCAUAUGAUUUUGUAUACCAUGUUAAUAAUUGUGGCAUCAGGACAAAGGUUAUUUCAAGGGAUGCUCUCCUUUUUCAAACAGAGAUGUAUUUUAUCCCAAGGAAUAUGCAUGAUGACAGUCAAAGAAUCCCUCUGGAGUGUUUGACCUCUAGCAAAUCAGUGUGGCUUUCAUCAGUUUCUACUGACAAUGAAAUAAAAGAAAUCCCCAGCCCUUUUAUUGCAGACUUCAAGACAACGUCAGAAGAGAUAGGAUUGUUAAGCUUUAAUCAAAAUGGCUCUGUUUUAAGAAGACAUGGAAACUUGGAAUGUCUAUUGUGA